AUGGCCAAGGCAAAGCAAUCUGGUGUUAGAUCUCGUUUUACAGAUCUUAGCGGUGAGCCUGUUGACCACAUGUUGGCGCCGAUAAGAGGAUAUCAAGAUAAGCCGCUUGUUUCACUCUCGAAAGCUGUUGAACCCGUUGCUGGAUUUUUUGAUGAAAUCGAAGACCACAUUUGUGUUGCAUUAAAUAAUUGUCAAAAUCCAGCUGAAGAAUUAACUCAAGAUGAAUCAGCUUCCAUACAAUUAUAUACAAUGCAAUUUGAUGGUGGCUCCAGUUUAUAUUUGCUGCUUAAUGAAUCACUACGUGCUGAAAAUCGUGGAGAAUUACUGCCAUGGUUUUCGUUUCUCAAAUUAUUUCUUACGGCAUUGCACAAAUUACCAUCACAAAGUGAAACAGUAUGGCGUGGAAUAAAAGGUGUGAAUUUAAGUUCAAAAUAUAAAACUGGUAUGAAAUUCGCUUGGUGGGGAGUGAGUUCAUGUACUACUCAUGUUGAAGUGCUUGAAGCUGAUGAAUUUUUGGGCAAACACGGGCAGCGAACACUCUUUUCAAUUGAAUGCAUCAAUGGAAAAUCGGUGGCAAAGCAUUCGUAUUUCAAAAAUACUGAAAAAGAAAUAAUUCUCAUGCCAGGUACUUAUUUUGAAGUCAUGAGUCAAUUAAAUCCUGCACCAGAACUCCAUAUUAUUCAAUUAAAAGAAAUCACGCCACCAAUCAUAUUUGUUAGACCACCAUUUGUGAAAUCAAACGAGCCAAAGUCAACUCCAGUCGCUCAUCAGUCAAGUGCAUCUUCAUCAUCAUCAUCAACCACAAUGAAACCUGUCUCAAGUGCUCCCAGUAAAAUCUCAUCGAAAACAAAAAGUAUGAAUGAUUUUACAAUUAUAAUUAUCAUAUUUUUAUCUAUUCAUUCUUUUAUCAACUGA